UAACAACUCAAAAGCCCAACUCGUGCACUCUCAUUUCUUUCUUUCUCUCUCUAAACUUCACAAUAAUGGAUAUCGGCUUGUUAUCCUCACACCCCAUCUUCUCCCCAUCUGUUCCCAUGGCCCCUGCUUCAGUUUCAGGAUUUGGUUCUUGCCCACCAUGCCUCAAAUACCCUCUUACCAGUCAUGGAAGGAAGUUAUUGGUCCCUAGGGCUGCUGUUGCCGUGGAGAACCAGCCCCAAACAAAGGUUUCACUGGUCAGGAUUGGGACCAGAGGAAGUCCACUAGCUCUUGCCCAGGCUUAUGAGACACGAGAUAAACUUAAAGCAACACAUUCCGAACUUGCAGAAGAUGGUGCUAUUGAUAUCAUAAUCAUAAAAACAACGGGUGAUAAAAUACUAAAUCAACCAUUGGCUGAUAUCGGUGGAAAAGGCUUGUUCACAAAAGAGAUAGACGAGGCAUUAUUGAAGGCUGAAAUUGAUAUAGCUGUUCAUUCCAUGAAGGAUGUGCCCACAUAUUUACCUGAGGGGACUAUUUUACCAUGCAAUCUCCCUCGUGAAGAUGUUAGAGAUGCAUUUAUAUGCCUCACUGCAAGUUCACUUGCAGAGCUUCCAGCUGGGAGUGUUGUUGGGAGUGCUUCUCUUCGAAGGCAAUCGCAGAUACUAUACCGAUAUCCAUCACUUAAGGUUAUCAACUUUAGAGGCAAUGUCCAGACAAGAUUGAGAAAGUUGGGUGAAGGGGAAGUACAAGCAACCUUAUUGGCAUUGGCUGGGCUCAAACGCCUAGACAUGACUGAGGACGUGACGUCUAUCCUAUCCAUCGAAGAAAUGCUUCCAGCUAUCGCACAAGGAGCGAUUGGUAUAGCAUGUAGAACCAAUGAUGACAAGAUGGCCAAUUAUAUUGCAUCCUUGAAUCAUGAGGAAACCAGGCUUGCCGUUACAUGUGAAAGGGCGUUUCUUGAGACUUUGGAUGGGUCUUGUCGCACACCAAUUGCUGGCUAUGCUCACCGUGACAAGGAUGGAUACUGCAUAUUUAGAGGUUUAGUUGCAUCUCCAGAUGGAACCAGAGUGCUUGAAACAUCAAGAAAAGGUAACUACGAUAUUGAGGAUAUGGUUGAGAUGGGGAAGGACGCUGGGAAAGAGCUGCUUUCACGUGCGGGUCCUAGCUUUUUUGAUUGGUAGCUGUGAUAAUUCAAAUUGGCAUCGGCUUUAGCUUUUUCAAUUUUUGGGAUGCAUUUGAAAAUGUCAUCCUUGAGGUGUAACUGUUUAGUGUAAUUUAUAGAGAACUUUGAGGGGUUUGAAAGUUUCAUCUUUUUUGAGUUGUAAUUGGCAUUAGUGUUACUGUUAAAAAAAAUUGUUUAUUGAGAAUUCAAGAGUCUCACGGAUUGGACCUGAAAUGGGAGAGUAAGUAUUUGAGGGACCUUAAUCCUAUUAGAAGAAGGGCAUGCCAUGAACAAGCGGAUAUAGCCAUGAAGGAAAGCUCAAACUCUAAAUGAAGGUACCGGUAGAAUUGUUAGAUUAGUAGUAGUUAGCCCCUACAAGUUUGUAGUUCAUUUGGGAUUGCUAUUGAAUGGAGGUAAUGGUUCAGCACUGCUAUGCUGUUGUACUCUGUACGGUAAGAAAAACGGCCGGGAAGGAAAUGAAAACCAUUGCUUUUUGUA